GGCGGGCCGCGCGCCGUAAGGAGUGGCACUUUUUAAAAGUGCAGCCCGAGGCCAGCCCUCAGCUUCGAGCACCUCUGUCCAGCGCCGGAUCCCUCCCGUCCCAACUGCGGCGCACGCCCCGGUCCCAAACCAGUCCUACCCAGGCCAAUCCAUCCUGCACCAUGCCGGUGAAAGGAGGUACCAAGUGCAUCAAAUACCUGCUCUUCGGAUUUAACUUCAUCUUCUGGCUUGCUGGAAUUGCAGUCCUUGCCAUUGGACUAUGGCUCCGAUUUGACUCUCAGACCAAGAGCAUCUUCGAGCAAGAAGCUAAUCAUUCCAGCUUCUACACAGGAGUCUACAUUCUGAUUGGAGCUGGGGCCCUCAUGAUGCUGGUGGGCUUCCUGGGCUGCUGUGGGGCUGUGCAAGAGUCCCAGUGCAUGUUGGGAUUGUUCUUUGGCUUCCUCUUGGUGAUAUUUGCCAUUGAAAUAGCUGCAGCCAUCUGGGGCUAUUCACACAAGGAUGAGGUGAUUAAGGAACUCCAGGACUUUUACAAGGACACCUACAACAAGCUCAAGACCAAGGACGAGCCCCAGCGGGAAACGCUGAAAGCCAUCCACUACGCGUUGAACUGCUGUGGUGUCGUUGGAGGUGUGGAGCAAUUUAUCUUGGACAUCUGCCCCAAAAAGGACAUUAUCGAAACUAUCCAAAUUAAGUCCUGCCCCGAGGCCAUCAAAGAGGUCUUCGACAGCAAGUUCCACAUCAUUGGUGCAGUGGGCAUCGGCAUCGCAGUGGUGAUGAUAUUUGGCAUGAUCUUCAGUAUGAUCUUGUGCUGUGCUAUCCGCAGGAGCCGCGAGAUGGUCUAGAGUCAGCUCACAUCCCUGAGCAGGAAAAUCCACCCCCAAAGAUUGUGGCGGGGGGGGUUGGUUUUUUUUUUUUUUUUUUUUGCCACUAACAUUAGUAUCCAUUCUGCAUUUCUAAACAAAAGUUAUUCUGUGUUUGUCAUUUUAAUGCUUUAUUCAACGUUGACAUUUGUAGUUGAGAGAUUUGGGGGUUUGGUUUGCUUUGGUUUAUAUUUUUGUUGUUAUUGUUUAUUUUUGCUUGUAUGUUAAGCAGAAAUCCUGCAAUGAAAGGUACUAUAUUUGCUAGACUCUAGACAAAAGAUAUUGUACAUAAAGAGAAUUUUUUUUGUCUUAAAUAGAUAAAAAUAUCUAUCAAAUUUAA